UGAAGCCGAGAACUGGAUGAAUACACCUGUGGUUUGUCAGAGUGAUAACGUCCGUGAAACUCUGAUCCAUCAAGAGUAUCCCAUGGGGAAAGGAAACUACCAGUGCCCUUCGUGCAGGAAAAUGUUCAGUUGUAAGUCAAAGUUGGAGACACAUUCCCGAAUCCACACAGGCGAAAAACCGUAUGAGUGUUUGGUGUGUGGAAAGAGUUUCAGUCGGGCUGCAAACCUGACAGUGCAUCAAAGGAUUCACACGGGUGAGAAACCAUAUAAAUGCCUGGAGUGUGGAAAAACCUUCACACAAAGCACAGGCCUUGCUUCCCAUCAGAGGAUGCACACAGGGGAGAAGCCCUUCCAGUGCCUACAGUGUGGGAAGCGAUUCCGUCACAACACACACCUCACUUCACAUCAGAGGCUCCACACGGGGGAGAAACCAUACAAAUGCUUGGAGUGUGGGAAGAGCUUCCGUCUGAGCACGAGCCGUAGCUCACAUCAGAGGAUUCACACGGGGAAGAGACCUUAUCAGUGUUCUGAGUGUGGAAAGAGCUUCACUCUUAGUGCAUACCUGACGGAACAUCAGAGAAUCCACACAGGGGAGAAACCGUAUCAGUGUUCGGAAUGCGGAAAGAGCUUCAGUCGCACCACCAGCUUGAUUUCACAUCAACGGAUCCACACGGGGGAGAAACCCUAUCAGUGCUUGGAGUGUGGGAAAAACUUCCGUUUGAGCACGUGUCUCGUUAGACAUCAACGAAUGCACUCAGGGGAGAAACCUUAUAAAUGCCUGGAGUGUGGGAAGAGUUUCAGUCAUAGCACACGUCUGACUUCCCAUCAAAGGAUCCAUACGGGGGAGAGGCCGUAUAAGUGCCUGGAGUGUGGGAAGAGCUUCUGCCACAGCACGAGUCUUAGCGCACAUCGAAAACUCCACGCAAGAAAGGAGCCCUUCACCUGCUCGGAGUGUGGGAAGAGCUUCUGCCACAGCACGACCCUUAGCGCACAUCGAAAACUCCACACGAGAACGGAACCCUUUACGUGCCUGGUUUGCGGAAAGGCCUUCCGUCACAGCACCAGCCUGAGCGCCCAUCGAAAAGUUCAUGCACAAAAAGGACCCUAUAAGUGUACAGGAUGUGGAAAGAGCUUCUUUGAGAAUACACAAUUCGGUCCACAUCUAAAAAACCACCCAAGGGAUGCGCCUUCUCGUUGCUCAGAAUGUAGAAAGGGCCUCAGCCAGGUUUCUCCUCCAGGGACCAGCGAGCCAGCCAGAGUUGCAGGAGUUCAUCCCCUGGGGGAACGGGGGUGGGAUGAAGAGGGGGCUUUAAAUCCGAGGUCGGAGGGCUUCCCCCUUGAGGAGGGGAACGCCCUGGAACGUGAGGAGCAAGCUGACCUUGUUCUGAUGUUCCCAAGUUCACCUGGUGCAGACAGCAGAGUGGCUUCUCUGGAUCUUCUGGUGACCAAGGGGUCACCCUUGGAGGAGCCCUCUGUUGUUGAGCAGGAGGAGCACCCCCAUGUUGAUGAGCUCUCUCAGUCUCUUCCUCCCGCCCCUUCCUCAGAGCCCAAAGCUGCCAGUCCCAGUGGGAGACAGGGGGAGAAACGACGCAGGUCUGCUGUGUGGGAGCACUUCCGCCCGAAGGAGGACCCUCGGUUAGUGGAGUGCCUUCUGUGUGGGAAGGAGAUCAGUCGGGGGAAGGCGAUAAGGCACCUCACCAAUUCCAGCAUGCUGAACCACCUCAGAACCCAUCCUAACCCUGUGCUGGUUCGUGCCCAGGCAGGUGGCACAGGAUCCGGGAGUUUUCCCUCUGCUAAGUCUGCUCAGGACUGGCUCAGUUGCAAAAAGAAGGAAGAGACCAAGGCGGCUCCAGCUGAUUUUCAGUAUCCCUGCUCUUGA